AAGAGAACAUAACCUGUACCGGAAUUCCGAAACACAUUGCGUUUGCGUCUACUACAUCUACAUCAGUUUUCCCUUCCACGGGAAUUCAACGCCUACACUGCACGCCUUUUCUCUCUCUCUCUCUCUCUCUCUCUCUCUUUCAUCUUCUCCAUCGCCUUAAUUUUUUCUUGCCGCCGACGAAAAUACUCAAAUUUGGUGAAAAAUUUGCAUGAUCGCUGGAAUAAAUUCGGUAAAAGACGUAACUUUGGAAUUCUAGGUUUGGUUUAUUUGUGCAUUAGAUUAGACGUGUUGUUAUAAAGAAAGAAAUUAGCUGAUUUAACUUGAGUAUUAUGAUCAGCUAUGAAUUAAGUAGAAUUUUAGGUGAUGAAGAACUUGUUUGAGAGUGCUGGUACUGAAAAUUCAUCAUCCGGUGCUACUUCCUCGACAAUUUCGCCUAAAUUUAAACACAUUUGUUCUAAUUCUUCCGAUCACAAGUCGUCGUCGUCGUCAACUAGGGCUUCUUCGUUGUUGUCUGGAAUCUUUGUUUCUGCUUUCUCGAUUUUUGAGCAUCGUUCGGAGGAGGGGAGGAAUUCGAGUUCGAAUUCCCGAUCUUCUUGUGAGAAGAAGGGGGUUGGAGCUAAGAAUAAAAUUAGUAAUAGUAGUAGUAAUGGUUGGGGGACUGCUGUAAAGAGGAUUAUGGCGAGCGGGUCGAUGAGGAGGAUUAAGGAGCACAUGUUUGGGUUUAAUAGGUCUAGUAUCAUUGCCUCAACAAGUGAUAUUUGGCUGUUGGGUGUUUGCUAUAAACUCGAUGAUGCCACUGGUGGUGAUCCUGUUAGUAGCAGUGGCUUUGCUGCAUUUGUCGAGGACUUCUCAUCGAGGAUUUUGUUGACAUAUAGGAAAGGAUUUGAUCCCAUCGGGGACUCGAAGUAUACUAGUGAUGUUAAUUGGGGAUGCAUGUUACGGAGCAGUCAGAUGCUUGCUGCUCAAGCAUUGCUAGUUCAUCGGUUUGGAAGAUCUUGGAGGAAAAGUGUGAAUGAGCAAAUUGAUCAAGGGUACAUCGAAAUCCUGCACGAGUUUGGUGAUUCUGAGGAAUCAGCUUUCUCUAUCCACAAGCUUCUAGAAGCUGGGAAGGGUUAUGGCCUCGCUGCUGGGUCAUGGAUAGGCCCCUAUGCCACGUGUCGUGCAUUUGAAAAUCUGGCCCGGGCUGAUAAAGACAAAGCCAAUAAGUCACUGCCAAUGGCUGUCUAUAUUGUUUCUGGUGAUGAAGAUGGUGAAAGAGGUGGGGCACCUGUUGUUUGUGUAGAUGAUGUAUCUAGUUGCUGCCGUGAUCAUUCAGGUGGUGAAGCUGAUUGGACGGCCAUUCUUUUGCUGGUCCCUCUUGUUCUUGGACUUGAUAAACUUAAUCCCAGGUAUGUUCCUUUAUUGGGGGCUACAUUUACAUUUCCUCAGAGUCUUGGCAUCUUGGGUGGGAAACCUGGUGUUUCAACUUACAUUGUUGGUGUGCAAGAUGAUAAUGCGUUCUACCUCGAUCCACAUGAAGCUCAGCAGGUGGCUAACAUUACAAAAGGUGACUUAGAGGCUGAUACUUCAUCAUUCCACAGCAAUGUGGUCCGGCAUAUCCCUUUGGAGUCUAUUGAUCCUUCAUUGGCAAUUGGAUUCUACUGCAAGGACAAAGGAGAUAGUGUGACUGCUGUUCACUUGUACGCUGAUGGCAAACCAAAGGAAGGAAGAAAGGUCUGCGCCAAAUCUGAACGUGUUCUCACUUCUCAUCAUAGUUUAGCAUUCUCCCCUUACAGACCUCUGUUUUCUGAAUCUCUAGUAGUCCAUGGUCCAUGCAUAGCCACAGAGCAGAAGCAUGUCUAUUCUCUGCGAAAACUUGCCCUAUUUGUAUCAUUGUCCACGUUUGAUAACCCAGCUUAAACAUUUGAGGUGGGGGGAAAGAGUGCUAUUUUUUUUUGGGGGGGGGGGGUGGGAGAUAAUUUUUUUCCUACCCAAAAUACCCGUUAUUUUUCAAAGUGUUCUGAAAAUAUCCUUGCAUAUGAUGAACUCCCUAAAAGGUCCGUAAAUCCACCUAUAUCCGCAAGCUUGCAUACAUAAUUUUAUCUCCUGAAAAAAUCAUUCUAACAGGGCAAGGGGGAAUCAAAGGCUGAUUUCUGGGAAUUCUCUCUUAGUUGGUGGAGUUAGCAUAUAAGAUUUGUUUAGCUAUUUUAAUAAGUAGCAAAUAAAAAUUAGUUGUUGCAGAUACUAUUAGUAGUUUAGUACUUAGCAUUAUUGAUCAGGGUCCUAUGUCAGCUGCCUACUGUAAGUUGAAUCUUGGUAGUUACUGGCAACAGAAGAUCUAUGUGGCUUACCCACAUUUUGAUAUCAUGUUUUGGUUUGUUUAAGGGUGAGAAAUUUAUCGUGCAGUGUACCUGAAAGCACUGGAAUAUAUUUUGACAUAUUCCUGCAAAUAAGAAUUUAGAGAAAGUGGAAUCUAGAAGUUUCUGAAAGCAGUUGAUAAAUGAAGCUUAUUCAUAAUUCAAAGAAUUCCCAAUAGGUUUUGCAAAGUAAUUAGCUAAAUAGUUGGCACUCAUUCGAAAUGUUUUGUUCCAUUUGGUUGGAUUGUAAUAAAUUCUUCCCAAAAAUAUUUGGAUUGAAAAUACUCCCUCCAGUUUCCACUGCUUGUUUUUUAGACUUCUGUAAUUUGGAUGGCCGAAAUUGUCUUUUUGGCAUUUCUUCUUUGGGUAAAUAUACCUAUUUAAUUCCUGAAAUACCCUUAUGGCUACAAAUCUCAAUUUAU